UCUAGUUUCAUUCACCCCAGUGUCUUGUAUCUACGAAACGCGGGUAAUUGGUAGAACUCCAGAUCCUACUGUUCGUCAGCACUUUCUUCAUCCCCUCCCAAAAUUAUGCUCCGAUCAGCGCUCCGACGAGGCGCUUCCAGCGCCCGGUCAUUGAAAUCUCAGGGAUUCUCCCGCUUCUCCACCGUCGCUGAAGCGUCGCCGGCGAGAGUGAGGAAUCUCAUCGGAGGGGAGCUCUUGGAGUCCCGAUCGGAGACUUCAAUCGAUGUUAUCAAUCCUGCGACGCAAGAAGUCGUUUCUAGGGUUCCAUUGACUACAGACGAAGAGUUCAAAGCGGCGGUCAGCGCUGCCAAGAAAGCUUUUCCCAAAUGGAAGAACACUCCGGUUACUUCUAGGCAGCGGGUUAUGCUCAAGCUCCAGGAGCUCAUUCGAAGAGACAUGGAUAAGCUUGCUAUGAAUAUUACAACUGAACAAGGGAAGACACUUAAAGAUGCCCAGGGUGAUGUUUUUCGUGGUUUAGAGGUGGUGGAGCAUGCUUGUGGGAUGGCAACACUCCAGAUGGGGGAAUACGUGUCAAAUGUUUCAAGUGGAAUCGAUACAUAUAGUAUCAGGGAGCCUCUUGGUGUCUGUGCAGGGAUAUGUCCUUUCAAUUUUCCUGCCAUGAUUCCCUUAAUGGUGUUCCCAAUGGCUGUGACAUGUGGUAACACUUUCAUUUUAAAGCCCUCAGAGAAAGAUCCAGGGGCUUCGAUGAUGCUUGCUGAACUCGCAAUGGAGGCUGGUUUGCCUGAUGGAGUCUUGAAUAUUGUCCAUGGCACACAUGACACUGUUAACAAUAUAUGUGAUGACGAGGACAUCAAGGCUAUAUCUUUCGUUGGUUCAAACCCAGCUGGAAUGCACAUAUAUGCGAGGGCAACGGCUAAGGGGAAACGUGUUCAGUCAAAUAUGGGUGCAAAAAACCAUGCAGUCAUCAUGCCUGAUGCAGGUGCCGAAGCUACUUUAAAUGCUCUAGUUGCCGCUGGUUUCGGUGCUGCAGGACAAAGGUGUAUGGCACUUAGCACAGCUGUUUUUGUUGGUGGCUCAAAACCUUGGGAGGAAGAAUUAACUAAACGUGCCAGUGCCCUGAAAGUAAAUGCUGGUGUUGAGCCUGGGACAGACCUUGGUCCAGUUAUUAGCAAACAGGCAAAAGAUCGCAUUUGCAGUUUGAUACAAAGUGGCAUUGAAAGUGGUGCUAGGAUUGUGCUUGAUGGGAGAAACAUUGUGGUUCCCGGUUACAAGGAUGGGAAUUUUGUUGGCCCGACCAUUUUAUCUGAUGUGACGAAUGACAUGGAGUGUUACAAGGAGGAAAUUUUUGGUCCAGUUCUCCUCUGCAUGCAGGCUGAAAGUCUAGAAGAGGCUAUCCAGAUUGUUAACAACAAUAGGUAUGGUAACGGAGCGUCUCUAUUUACAACGUCAGGCAUAUCUGCCAGGAAAUUCCAAACAGAGAUAGAAGCUGGCCAGGUUGGGGUUAAUGUGCCAAUUCCAGUCCCAUUGCCAUUCUUCUCAUUCACUGGAUCGAAGGCAUCUUUCGCUGGUGACCUCAACUUUUUCGGCAAAACUGGUGUACAGUUUUACACCCAGAUCAAGACGGUGACACAACAAUGGAAGGACUUACCAACUCAGGGUGUUUCCCUCGCAAUGCCUACAUCACAGAAGUCGUAGAUGCCAAGAAUUUGUUCACCAAAUGUUCAUGCAUUUGUAGGAUAAUGACAAUAAUGACGUGGACAUUAUGGGUUGGUUUUUGUUGGAUUUUUUAGUCAAAACUGCUUUCCAAAAUAAAUUUUCAAACUA